GGAAAAAAUGUUUUCGAUUCUUUUGCUCUCAGCAACUCUCGCCCUCUUUCGCGCGCAGUCGUAACAGCGAGGCUUGUUAUUACAUGCACUUGCUUGCCGUGUUCUAAUGUAACAAGUGCCCUUUGCAUCUCACAACUUCACCGGUUACAAUGUCAGACGGACAGCCCUGUUCAUCUACGUCGAGUAAGCGAUCGGAGCUAUUGGAGCGCUUACGCACUCUUCACAUGCGACGGAAUGAAGCCAGAACGCUGAAUCACAAAGAAGUAAUCGAAGAGGAUAGGAAAUCAAAACUGCCAACUAAUUGCGAAAACAAGCAAAAGUGGGCACAGUAUAAACUGGAAGAGGAACAGAAGUAUGAGGAUGCUGCUAAGCGAGGUGAAGACUACUCGCGGAUCAAACUGCUGAACGUCAGUGCUGAUGAAGCAGAACGCAUGGAUCGCAAGAAGAAAAGAAAAAACCCCGACGUUGGUUUCUCAGAUUAUGAGGCAGCAACUGUCCGGCAGUACCAACGUCUUGUGAAGCAAAUCAAGCCAGACUUCGAUCAGUACGAAAGAAAAAAGGAAGAAAUGGGUGAGGCAAUGUUUCCAACCAGAGACACUAUCAUCCAUGGCCUGCACAAAGACACCAAGGAGGGCAUAGACCGCAUGGUGGACGACAUUGAAAAACAGAUUGAAAAGAGAAACAAGUACAGCCGGCGACGUCGUUUCAACGAUGAUGAGGACAUCGAUUACAUCAAUGAGCGCAACAUGAAGUUCAACAAAAAGCUGGAUCGUUUCUAUGGAAAGUACACAGCAGAAAUCAAGCAAAAUCUUGAAAGAGGGACUGCUGUAUAAUGUUGAACUCCUGCACAGCGAAAUCCUUUUUUUUUCUACUCAUACACAAGAAUGCAAGCUAAUAAACAAGUGCUUACCAUACCA